AAUGGCUAUUUCUAAACUUGUACUGGAAGAUGAUGGGACUGAAGUAGACAGCAUGUAUUUCGAAACCCUACCUGACAAUUGUCUGGUAAUGAUAUUAAGUGAUGGACAGGUUUGGUCACAUUUACCUUCUUCAUCAUGUUCAUCCUCACAACCUUCUUCAUCCUCCUCAUCUGGACAGACUGGAGAUCAUAGUAAUGUAAAUCACAGGGUUAUGGCCAUGGUGGAACAGAUUAGAAAGGCUGAAUCUGCAAGUAGUUCGAGGGCUGCAAAUACAAAUGUAACAACAACCUGUGGAUGGCAGCACUUUUCCUAUCAGUUCAUGAAAUAUAUCAUGGUAAAAAAUACCAAAAACCAAGCCAACCUUGGACCUAGAAGUAUAUCAAUAAGUCGGUCAGCCAGUGAAAAUGAAAUAUUACAGAUUUUAACCAGCAUAUUCUUUCCAAGGGGAAAAAGUGUGAAGGGGAGAAUAGAAUCGAUGGAUGUAAAACUUGGUAGCUAUAUGGGGAUGGUAAUAACAGAUAUUGGUGCAACCUUAAGAUCUAAAAAACCCCAUUUUUAUCUUCUGACAAAAGAAAAGAUUCCUGAAAUACUCAGUUCUGCAUCAUCAGAUUCAGAUGACUUACCCGACCCAGAAAUGUCACUUCCUGUCCUCACUUUUAGGCAGAGCCCUACUAUGCAAACUGAUUGGACACAGCCUUCAUCACAAGGUCUUACUUUGCACACUGAUCGAACACAGCCGUCAUCACAAGGUCUUAGUAUGCACAUUGAUCGGACACAGCCUUCAUCACAAGCAUAUGUUACUCCACAAAGGAGUGGGACUGGCAUGUAUAGUAUCCAGCAAACACCUGAGACUCAAUUUGUAACUUUACAACCGGAAGUACCCAAUGUUACCCCACAAAGACCUAGUAGUAGCAGUGCAAGUGCAUCUUUGGCAACAACAUGAACAAUGUGGAAUGAAACAGGAACGCCAGAGGUGUGUAUACAAUCCAGAAAAUGUACCAUUUGUUAUGACAAAGAUGUAACAGCGUUUCUGGUACCAUGAGCGCAUAAAUUCUGCAUGGCUUGUUGUAGAAGAGUACAACGUUGCCCCUUGUGUCGGAUUGAAAUCACAAAUGUGGGUUCCCUGCAGACCAAUAAUGAGAACUGAAAGUGAAACUCAUAAUUCAUAACAUGCAUAAGUUUGUUGACAAAAUAGUCAUAGUUAAAACUUUUUUUCAGUUCAGCAUAUUUUUAUACCCCCUAGAAAAGGUGGAUGAUUAUUGUGAAUUUACAAAAUGAAACAAUAUAUUUGAACGUAUAUCCAGUUGAUAUGUCAUAAUUAUACCUCUUGUCCACAAAGGGGAAUUGGCACACUGUUUUAACUCUGUUCAUCCGUCCAAAAGUAAACAUUUUUACCAGAUCCUCUAAUCCCUUGAAAUUUGAAAGAAUAGCAAAACAGAUUAGUACAAUGAAGAUGAAAAUGGUUCAGUGGGCAAAUAUUUAUAGUUUCAAUAAAAAUAGUGUUAGUGAAUCUAGAAGUCUUAACUUUCUGUAUCGUAUUAUCAUUAGAAAAAUUCCAUCUCUGGAGUGAAAUUGGUUUUUUUUUGGUUACUAAACAGGUGUGGUUAUGCCAUAAUGUUCUUUGUUAUGCCAUAUUUUGGUUUUAACUUCCCGAUUAAGUUAAUGUCAAACUCCUUAUUGAUGUCUUAGUGUGUUUCAGUAUGUAGAGGUAUUUUAAGUGAGGCUGUACUCACAGUUUUUUUUACCUGUUAAUCCUCUGGUAUUUGUGAUAAGCAUUGUAUGAAUGUACAGACAGUCAAUGACAGUACUGUGAUAUGUUUGUUUAUUUAAGUUUGUUUGUUUUAUAAAUACUAAUCACCUUUUUAUUUUUUUAAAGAAAUCAUCUUUUAUAAUUGUUAGAUUUAGGCAUUGCAAAACAGAUUUAGGCAUUGCAAAAUAGAUUCAGGCAUUGAAAAACAGAUUUAGGCAUUGCAAAAUAGAUUCAGGCAUUGCAAAACAAAUUUAGGCAUUGCAAAAUAGAUUCAGGCAUUGCAAAACAGAUUUAGGCAUUUUAAAACAGAUUCAGGCAUUGCAAAACAGAUGCAGGCAUUGUAAAACAGAUUCAAGCAAUGCAAAACAGAUUUAUCUUUUGUACAGGCUUUAUAUUAGAGCCUAUUGUUCAAAUCCUUUCCUCCAUUAUUUUGUGAUACAUGUCCAGAUGUGUUUGCAGGCUAUUCUGUGUUUCAUCAUGUAUGUAUGUG